UUUCAAUUUACUAUAUGGCAAUCAGGUUCCUUUGUCCAGACAGGAGCAUUCCCAGUUUGCCUUAAACAAAGAUAAACAAACACGGGCAUGUAGCAGACAGGCACAUACAUACCCCAAUAACCCCAUCAUCGUUGAAGAAGAUGGGACGAGCCAGGCUUCUGGUUUCAGACUUCGUUCUGUCUUUCAUGUGGGUAUGGUCCGGUGUUCUCCUUCGGAUCAUCGUCUUCAACCACCUUGGCUUCGCUCAUGGCCCCCUCGGUGAGGUUAUCAAAACUACCUUCUCCAUCGCCAACAUGUUCUUCUUCGCCUUCCUCGUCAAGGUUACACGUGGCGGCGCCUACAACCCCCUCACCGUUCUGGCCGAUGCUAUCUCCAGGGAUUUUAACAACUUCCUCUACUGCGCUGGUGCCAGAAUCCCCACUCAGGUGGUUGGAUCGAUUGUUGGAGUUAAACUUCUUAUUGAUACCAUUCCUGAAGUAGGACUGGGACCACGUCUGAAUGUUGACAUUCAUCGGGGUGCGCUGACAGAAGGAUUAUUAACAUUUGCAAUUGUAACCAUUUCACUUGGACUCGCCUCAAAAAUCCGUGAAAAUUUCUUCAUGAAGACUUGGAUCUCCAGCCUCUCCAAGUUAACACUUCAUAUACUUGGCUCUGAUCUGACUGGUGGUUGCAUGAACCCUGCAUCUGUAAUGGGAUGGGCAUAUGCUCGAGGCGAUCACAUAACAAAGGAGCACUUCCUUGUAUAUUGGCUUGCUCCCAUAGAAGCAACUAUUUUAGCAGUGUGGACAUUCAAAUUUCUAGUGCAGCCUGGAAAAGAAGAUAAAUCAACCUCAAAAAGUAAAUCGGAUUGAAGGAGCUUUAUUUUGUGUGCUAAGUGUAUGAUUUCAUCUUGCUUUCAAAUAUUAUUUGUACAGUUGGUGGGAUGAAUGCAUGGCAAGCCAAGAACUUGUACAUAUAAAUCAUUGGUUAGUGUAUUGUGCUAUCAACUUUUGGGGUUUGUGUAAUACUACAUCAUACACUACUAAUUGUCUAAUUCCAUUCCUUGUACUCUCAAACGACGUGACCAUGGACUUAGGAAGUAUAAUAUUGUAUUUAGUUCCUGA